AUGGCUGCUAACCCGAGCCCAAAUAUCACCGCACAGCAACCCGCCAUCACCCCACCACCAUCGACAUCCACAUCCACCUCCGAACACUCAGCCUCAACCACCAACACAAUCUCCACAACCUCCCCUCUCCCCUCAAACUCAGACUCAACCUCGAAUCUCCCCAAGACAGAGGCAAAGACAGCAGCAGCGCCGCCGCCCGAGGACGGCCGCCGCAACUCCCAGGGCCAGGCCCUGCCCAGCCCGAUGGAGACGUGGAAGCCGAGCUUCGCGCGCGUGCAGAGCUGGAACCGGGAGGAGUUCAAGCGCAGCGCGUACGUCGAGCUGGGCGAGAUAGAGGAGGGCCGAAUCGAGAAGGAGGGGGACGGGAUGGGGGGGAUAGCCAGUGGCUUUACCGAGGGGGCGCGCGGGGAGUAG